AUGUCCAACUCCAGCACCUGCAAUUGCUCCUCCUUGCACGCCACACUUUUCUUCUGGGACGCCUUGGACACAAGAGACCACCUGCUGGAAUUCGGCACGGCAAUUUGCUUCGACAGGAGUUCCAAAGAGGAUUCAAGCAUUGUUACAGCGACGUCCCUAGCGUCAGCCAACAGACUGACCACUCUGCAGCUCUCGACAUCAGCCGGAGAAGACUUUCUGCUCAUCUUCUUGAACUGCUUUUGCGCUUUCUUGGCCAGGCGGAACCAAGACUGGAUCUUGGCCUGA